AUGUCAGAAGAUAUGCAGGGUUGCACUUUAAGUGACCAACUUGAUGAUAUAGGCCUUGCCACGGAUGAUGUUAGAAGUGGGUAUGAACACUUGAAGGAGAUUGAUCCUAUUGCGGCACAAAGGAUCCACCCGAACAACCAUCGAAAAGUGCACUACCAAGCGAUCUUUUCCAAGGAGAAGCUGCAGAAGACAAGUGGGGACGGCCUACUAGCUCCAGGUGCCGUUUAUACCCAAGGUCUGCGGCAGGCCAUUGGGGUUCGUGAAUUUGAUGAGUUUUUCAGAUUAUAUUUUACAAAGAAAGAACCUGAUGAGAUAAAAGCUGGUAUGCUUGAUCUCCAUGAUGAUAAGCUGAAAAGCUUGUUGGAUGAAGCUGUCUCUCAGCUAAAAGCAAACACACGAAGACUUGUUCGACUCCAAAGACGGAGGCUACACCAGCUGAAUAAAGACUUCGGGUGGAAUUUGCAUCACAUUGAUGCAACAGAAGCAUUCCAAUGUACCACUGGUGACUCGUGGCACGUCAAGGUUAUAAAACCUUGCGCAGAUACUGUCAGAAGAUUCUUGUCUAACGAUACAACUUUGGCAAGUAAAGAUUCUACGAAUGAUGGUGGUGGAACUAGGUUGGCCUCAAGAGAGUUAUGGACUCAAUAUGUUUGCGAGGCCUGCGACAACCGGGUCCUUCGAGGGGCACACGAAUGGGAACAGCACAAGCAAGGCCGAGGCCACCGGAAAAGAACACAGCGUUUGAAGCGGAAGAGUAAGAUCAAGAGUACAUCGUCUGAAGCAGAAGUAUAA